UCCCCCUUGCAUAAAAAGACCGGCUGCUUUACCUGGAGACGAUCAUUAGCUCAAGCGGAUAUGGGUCACAAGAGACAGCAAUCACUUGCUUUUUCAAAGAUAUAAUGCUUAUCUUUUCUACAACAUGUAAACGCGACAGUUCUAUAGUUACAGUAGUAUGGAUGUUCAGGAUGGCUUCAGGUCACCUCUGCAGGCUGCGGGGAUCAACGCGAGCCAAACGGGAGGGACGAAGGGCGGGUUGUCCAAGCAGACCCAGCUGCUGCUGGAGGCUCUUCUGGUGCUCAUGUGUUUGGGUGCUGUUAUAGGCAAUGUUCUUGUCAUCAUUAUUGUGGCAGCUACCAAGACCCUCCAUGCAGUGACGUCUAUCCUGAUCCUGAACCUGGCCGUCAGUGACCUCCUGGUUGGCAUUGGAGUCAUGCCUUUUGUUGCUAUGUCCAUCAUGAACACGGGAUGGGUGCGUUGUCCUGUUCUCUGUCUAUAUGUUGGGUACUCCUCCACUGUGUACUGCACAGCUUCUGUGCUCACACUGACUGCUAUUGCUCUGGACCGCUACUACUCCAUCAUAGACUGCCUGCGCUACAGUUCCCGCUGCACUCUGUGGAGGACUUCUGCUGUGGUCCUGUGGAUCUGGCUUUUGGCUCUGGUCAUCUGCAGCCCUCCUCUGCUGGGCUGGAGCUCUGUCAGCUAUGUGGUUCCCAUGUAUAACUGUGCAAUCACCUGGGCCAGCACUGUCAGCUACACAGCCUUCAUGGCUGUUCUGAUCUAUCUCAUGCCUGCAGUGGUGAUCCUCUUCUGCUAUGUGAACAUAAUCAGGGUGGCACGCAGCCACGCACGUAGGAUUCACUCCCUGCAGGACUCCGUCCAGCGCAGCAGGUCCCCCUCUUGUCCAGGGGAUUCAUCCCACCAGAACUGCGGGAGCCUCCAUAGACCCUGGAGUGUUACAUGUCACAAGAACAAUGAAUUUGAGUCUCAAACAAGUAAACAGGGAGAGAAUAUCAGCCAUAUUGUUCAGGAAGCUCCAAAACAGCAGGGAAGCAAAGUGAGGGGUUUGUUUUCCAUCCUGGCUCAAAAAAACUCUCAGCCACCCGAGCCAAACCACCACCAGCCGCAUCAUGGAGGGCUGCGCCUCGUCCUGAUCAUCUUCGCUUUCCUCUUCUGCUGGACACCCUACAUCUGUGUGGCUCUGGUUCAGGCCACAGAAACUGCCAUUACAGGCCAGUCCACCCUCGUGCCAGACUCUGCCAUCACCUUCUCCUACUGGCUGAUGUUGCUAAACUCUGACGUCAAUCCUUUGUUGUACGCUCUGCUUAGCCAGCGCUUCCAGAUUGCUCUUCAGGGACUUUGGCACAGAAUUAGAGCUCAUCUGUGCAGCCUGUUUAGCACAGAAUGGGAGGUCAGAGGAGAUGGGGAUGACGUCAGAAUUACUGACCCAGGCACGUUGACCACAGCCCAUCCCAGUACACAUGCCAGCACAGAGAGUUUGAACUGUGACAACUCAAAGCUCUCCGCCUCUGUUUUCACUGUUAGCACCGACUUUAAAAGCCACUCUGAGGGGUAUCUUUGUAACGUGUGCCACCAUGAAAACACGCCCUCUGUGUUCCAGGAUGCUGCUAGUGAGAAGACGCACAAUCUGCAGGUCCCUUCGCGUCCUCAAGAGGGCAGCAGACUUCCGUUCUCCGCUCUAACUAAGGAGCGGCAGGCCACUUUUUUCUAUGGCCAGAUCACAGUGUCAGUGGAACAUGAUGUCUGUUAGUUAUUUACUGUUGAUUCUUAAUAAAUUCUAAUAUUAUUGAAAGGGUAAUUUGUUUCAGUAGUUCAGUUCUAAAAGACAUAUUGAUCCAUUAAAACAUUUCUAAAUUAAAAUCUGUUCAAUAUGUAAAUCCCAAAACUCAAUUUCUCUGAAAAUAUAUUAGUGCCUAAAGCCAAGAAAAAAGGAAUU